AUUUGGUAUGACCAUGACCCUAUGUCCACCAUUAUUGAAGAAGACUCCGUGUUUGUCAAAUCUUUCUUCACCAUUCCAGAUGAGGAAAUCGAGUCAAAGCUCCACCUUCAGUCACCAUGGCACCUUUGGCUGGUGCUUGACCGUGCCAGAAAGAUUGAUUGGAGUCUUGCUGUGGUUGCUGGCUGCAUCACUGGGAGCUUCAAGAUGGACCUCUUCAUUGUCUGGAGUGAAGAUAACUCAGAGAAA